GCAGGCUGUCCGCGCAUCUAUCACCAGCAUUGUGUGUGUGCUCCGUGUCCGCCCUCUGUUCGCAAUGACAGGCGUCGCACGAGCUUAGCGCGCUCUUCAUCGACAUCAUCAAAUUUAUGGUUAGAAAGUUGGUCUCCGAUCCGAUUCCAUAUAAGUACAUGUUGUAGUACGAAAAAGAGUCUCAUCCUUGUCCUGCGCGUUCGUUUCAUUGGACCCAAGAACAGUCCUUCUUCUUAUGAAAGAUUUGUGGAUCCAAUGGGUUAAGAGUUUGCUUCAAAGUCAAUUAUCCAUAAUAUAUAUAAAUCUUCAUUCUACUGAUCUUCUGCAGCUCUAACUCGUAAUCAUGAGCGUUACAACAAUCGCAAUGGCCCAACACCAGAGCAAGACGAAGACGAUGGGAGCUUCUUUCCACUAGGAAACUAUUGGGACUUUGACACUUGGGGGUCAGAUCCGUGGGUGUGUCCGGAGCAUUGGCUAUCGAAGAAACACAGUAUCAGUUGGUUCGACCGCGCUCUCAUACUUCAAGGAUCACUGGACGAAAAAGCUAACGUGGCGCCAAACGUUACUACUGAAUAUGUUAUGACUAAGUUAGUAUCGAUAGAAUUUAUAGCACUAUAUUGUUAUGAGAAGAAAUUGAAGUUAGAGUUUGUGAUGCAAAGAAGAGAUGCUCCAGCCUGACCUUCCAUGACGAGCUUUCCAAUAGAUUUUCUAGCAAAAGCGUGGCAAACUAAAGAGAAGCGUAGCUUCUAUUCUCAUUUGCUUAUUCGUUAUGUUACUUACUGCAUUUGACGACCUCUGGAACAAAAAUAUCGAUCGCUCUCGUCCAACAUUCUUCAUCUUCUUCCUCCAUUCUUCAUGUUUCUCCAAUCCGGUGAUGGCGGAACCUUGGCGGUGCAUCGGAUUUUUGAUGCGUCUGCGAUCGGGCUACGUCCAGGGAGCGGUUUAUCACCGGCACAAGAACAAGAAAUCCUUCAGGAACGAGAUACAGAAGGAAAGUUGAAGACGGCGAUACAAUACUGCCUAGAAAAGCUGCAUGCAUUGGCGAAAAGUAGUACCGAAAAUUGGAAGCGCCGCUCAGAAGAAAAGCGAAGAAGUAUCGAAGGGAAGGUGAUGAAUGCAGUUACGGGCACAGCUAUGAAGCACACUGAUUAUUGA